AUGUUGGUGCAGAGCCUGAGCAAAGGGGCAAAGAUAUGGGGCACAGUGGCAGAAAUUACUCAUCGCGAGCUCAUCAUUAGCCUGCCACAUGGUCUGAAGGGGCACGUUCCGGCCGCUGAGGUGAUGCACCCAUUGGCUGCCGAUGUUCCCUCCCUGAGCAGCCUCUUCCGCGCGGGGCAGCUGGUGCAGUGCAGCAUCGUCGACCUUCAGGACGGAGACUCGGGCGUAGCAGGUGGCAAGGCAGGCAGGAAGCGCAUAGUGCUGUCGCUGCAUGUGGCCAAGGUGAAUGCCGGCAUCGGGCCGGCCGCACUGAUAGCAGGCAUGCAGCUGCCGGCAUGUGUGCGCAGCGUGGAGGACCACGGCUUCCUGCUGACCACCGGCGUCAAGGGAGUGACGGCUUUCCUGGAGCGCACAAAUUGGCUCAAGGCGUGCAGCGGCGAGGCCCGGCCGCUGCUGCCGGGGGCCGUACUGCCCGUUACGGUCACGGCGGCUGCCCGGCCGGGCAGGCCGCUCGUCCACGUCAGCGCGGACCCCAAAUCCCUCGCCAAGGGGGCGGUGAAAGAAUGGGAGGGUCUCACCAUCGGCUCUUUGCUACCCGGCAUGCUGGUCAAUGCGCGUGUGCGCAAUGUGCUGUCUGAUGGGCUUCUUGUGUCCUUCCUCACCUACUUCAACGGCACUGUGGACUGCUUCCAUCUCAGCCAGCAACCGCCGCCAGCGGACUGGCAGAAGGGGUAUGAGGCGGGGGCGAGGGUCCGCGCGCGAAUAAUCUACGUCGACCCCGUCUCCAAGCGCGUUUCCCUCUCGCUGCUGCCUCACCUGGUCGCCGGCAGCGCAUCGCCUGCGCUGCCCCCCAUAAACACCCUUUUCGAGCAUUCCAUCGUCAGGAGGGUGGAUAAUGCGCUGGGGUUGCUGCUGGAAUUGCGCUCCGAAGACGACGCCCCUGCAGAACAGCCGAACGCGCCCGCAGGAUACGCUCACAUCUCCGCAGUGUCCGAGAGCCGCAUUGAGAAGCUCGACAAGGUGUACAAGGUGGGCAAGAAGGUGGCGGCCCGGGUGAUUGGCGCGCGGCCGAUGGACGGAUUGGCAGUGUGCACUCUGCGAGAGGCGGCUGUGAGGGCCGGCACGAUCUCAUACGCCGAUGUGGCGCCCGGCAGCAUCGUGAGCGGCACCGUUGAGAAUGUCGAGGACUUUGGGCUCUUUGUCAAGCUCGCCCCCGGCAUCAAGGCGCUGGUGCCAACAGUGCACAUGUCGGACAGCGGGUCAGAGAAGGCUCGCGCGAAGUUCAAGGAGGGGCAGAAAGUGUCAGGAAGAGUAUUGGAGGUGGAUGUGGCUGCGCGGAAGAUCACCCUAUCGCUGAAAAAGCUGCUGGUCGGCGAGAAGCUGCCCCCUUUUGCCAGCUGGCAGGAGGCAGCACAGCCGGGAGCGCGCGCGCAUGGAUUUGUUACGGGGGUGCAGGAGUACGGCGUUUUUGUGUCUUUCUGCAACGGCGUCCGGGGCCUAGCACCCACGCAGCAGCUGGGCCUGGAGCCCAACCAGGACCCCGCCAAGCAGUUCCCCAUCGGCAAGACGGUGAAGGCGCGAGUGGUGAGCGUGGACGAGGAGCGGCGGCGGCUGCGGCUCAGCUUCGCGCCAAAAACCGCGGCCGACGCGGCGGCGGCCGCCGGCGCAGACCCGAUGGGCGGCCUGCAGCCGGGGACCAUUCUGCGCGCGGGCGAGGGCGUUCCCGGGGCGUCGCCUGUUUUGGCGCUGGGGAGAUUAGACGCUGCCCACCUGGCGGACCACCCGGCGGCGGAGGCCGCGCUCUCGGAAGCCCUCGUAGACGGGUCAGAGCUCGGGCCGCUGCUUAUUCUAGAGCGGCUGGAGAAAGCGGGGAUGCUGAGGGUGACGCGCAAGGCGUCCCUGCUGGCAGCUGCCGCGCAGCUGCCGGCGGCCAUAGAGGAUGUGAAGGAGGGAACGCUGGCGUCCGGCUACGUGGCAAACGUCACUGCAGAUGCCGUCUUCGUUCGCUUCCUAGGCAGCCUCACCGGCCGUGCUGGCCUGGCACAGCUGGCGGAUCAGUUCGUCAGCGAUCCGUCACGCCACUUUACCGAGGGCCAGAGCGUGCGCGCGGCGGUUGUAACCGUUGAUUUGGCGAAGCAGCGGUUCACGGUGGCGCUGAAGCACUCUCUGACGGGGGCGCCCGACGCGGCGUACGCGCGUUUCCUCUUCGCCGACCUCGAGACUGCUGAGCGGAUCCGCGCUGCGGAGCCCAGCACGGAGCAGGUGAAUUGGGCUGAGCUGGCGAUCGGCGGCCGCGCGGCUGGCGCCGUGCACGACGUGAAGGAGUACGGCGUCGUGUGUGACCUGGACGCGCAUGCUGAUGUCGUCGCUCUCGCUGCCCCCGAACAGGUGGAAGGUGAGGCGACAACGGGCACGCGCAUCAAGGGCCGGAUUCUGGACGUCAACAAGAAGGACGGCAUCGUGGAUCUCACCCUGAAGGCGUCAUUAGUCGCUGGCGCACCCAAGAAGGCCACCGGCAAAGCCGCCAAAGCAGCCCUGCCGGAGGCUGUCUGUCAGGUGGGAGCCAAGGUGGAGGCGGUGGUGGAGUUAGUGAAGGAUGACUACCUGGUCCUCAGCCUGCCAGCUCAGCAGCAGACCAUCGCCUUUGCAGCCACCAGCGACUUCAACCUCGGCAGCCGAGCCCACAACAGCCGCCAAUUCAUACCCGGACAGAAAAUAUCAGCUGUCGUUGUGGAACAGGCCUCUCCAGAGAACGGCGGACGCACAAUUGUGCAUGUGCCGCUUGUCAGUGACUCACCGGCGGCUCCCCGGGAAAAGCGCGAGCGCAAGCCGGCCAAGAUUCCUCCCGGCACCAUCGUCGCCGCAAAAGUGACCAACAUGCAUGCCACGCAUGCUGGCGUCGAACUUGAGAGCGGUGCGCACAUCUUGUCUAUUUUACUCGCCUAUGCAAACUUGCAUCGCUUUGAAGGGCGCAACCAUGGUCUGCUGGAGCUGAGCCUGCGGCCGUCGCUGGUGGCGGCUGAGAAGGGAGCGCCUAAGCCUGGCAUGCUCUCAGUGGACGACCUGCAAGAGGGGCAGACAGUCCGGGGGUACGUUCAGGAGACGGCGCCGGACUGUGCCUGGCUCGUUCUCUCUCCUGCCCUGCGUGGACGGCUGCAUGCGUUGGAUUCUGCCGAUGAUGUCACCCAACUCGCAGCGUUCGGCGGCCGCUUCACUGUCGGCCAAUCCCUGCGCUGCAGAGUUGUGCAGGUGGACAAGAAGCGGGGCCAGGUGGACCUGUCACUGAGGGAACCCGGCGCAGCUUCCGCCAAACAAUGGCACGUGACACAGCGCACUCCUACUCCUAUAUGUGCAUUUGCGAACGCACGAUGCACCAUGGUUGAGUGGCAAAUUUCAUCUGACAAAGCAAUUGUUGCCUGUUCAGGCGCGGGAGUCAGGGUGCAUCUUGCAGGGCACGCCUCGGGCCACGUGGCGAUGACAGACGUCCACGACGGCUUCGUGGAGAACGCCAUUGAAUCCCUCAAGGCCGGGGAUUUCGUGCGAUGCCGCGUGCUUGGGCGGGCUGAAGACAAGGGCGCUGAGAAACGCACCAAGGAAGGAACAGAGAUCAAGCGAGCAGGCCUGCGAGAGCCUUUUGCCAGCAAUCGUUGUGAACAGGAAAAUUUCCCCGCAAGCAUGUCAAAUUCUGGAACGCAAGGUUUUGAUGAGCUCUUGUCAUUUGGGCAACAGGUGCGCGGCUAUGUGAAGGGCGUGAGCAGUGCUGGAGCGUUUGUGGCUCUGGCUCGGGACAUGGAAGCUCGAGUGAAGCUGAACAACCUGGCAGACGGCUAUGUGGAGGACCCCAAGACAGCCUUCCCACAGGGCAAGCUUGUGCGAGGCCGCAUCCUCGCCACCGAGCACAACAGGAUCGAGCUGUCGCUGAAGAGCAAGGGGUGGGCGACGCUGGAGGACUUCACCGAGGGCCAGGUCGUGCGCGGCCGGGUCCGCCGGGCCGAGAAAUUCGGCGUUUUCAUACGGAUCGACGACAGCGCCGUUACGGGCAUGGCCCACAUCAGCGAGGUGGCGGACGAACGCGUGGACGACCUGCCCUCCAUGUUCAAGCCCGGACAGGGUGUGCGCGCAAAGGUGCUGAGCGUGGACGCCGAGACGCAGCGGCUGUCGCUGGGGCUGAAGCCGUCCUACUUUGGCGACGAUGACGAGGACGGGGAGGAGCCAGAUCAGGCGCAGGAGGAGGAGGGAACGCCGGCAGAGGACGACAAUGACGACAUCGAUGCUGAGGUCUUAGAGGCGAUGGAUGACUCAUCCGAAGAGGAGGAUGACUGGCGCGCCGGGGCCCAGAUCCUGAACGGCGAUGACGUGGCGGCUGACCGGGCGCUGACUAAGCGGCAGCGGCGGCGGCAGAAGGCGGAAGAAGAGGAGCGGGUGCGCGCGGCCGAGCUGCGACAGCUGCAGCAGCCGCCGCCCGAAUCUGAAGUCGACUUCGAGCGCCUGGUGCUGGAGUCACCCAGCAGCAGCUACGUGUGGAUCCGCUAUAUGGCAUUCCACAUGGGCGUCGGCGAAAUCGACAAGGCCCGCGGCGUGGCCGACCGCGCCCUCAAAACCAUCAACUUCAGGGAGGAGAGGGAGAAGCUGAACGUGUGGGUGGCAUGGUUGAAUCUGGAGAACCUGCACGGUUCGCCGCCGGACGAGGCGCUGAUGAAGCUGUUCCAGAAGGCGCUGCCGCACACCGAUCAGAAGAAGCUCUACCUCGCGCUGCUCACCAUCCUUGAACGCUCUGCGCGGGAUGAGCUGACUCAGCAGACGCUGCGCACGAUGACGCGCAAAUACUGGGCCAGCGCCAAGGUGUGGCUGCGCGCUUACGGGUACGACCUGGGCCGUAAUGACGGGAAUGCCGCGAGACGGGCGCUCGACCGCGCCAUCGGAGCCCUGCCGGCACGCAAGCACAUCAAGGUGCUGAGUCAGGCGGCGCUGAUGGAGUUCAAGGAGGGUGACCCGGAGCGCGGCCGAGGAGUGUUUGAGGGUAUCCUGCGCAACUACCCCAAACGCCUCGACCUCUGGAGCAUCUACCUCGACCAGGAGAUACGCGCGGGAGACAGGCAACGGGCGAGGAGUCUAUUUGAGCGCGCAACACACCUGUCGCUGCCGCCCAAGAAGAUGAAAUUUCUGUUCAAGCGCUUCCUUGACUUUGAGAAGACCCAUGGCGAUGCGGCCGGUGUUGAGCAUGUCAAGCAAGCGGCCAAGGAGUAUGUCGAAGCCAAUCUGGCAGACUCAUGAUGUGAAGCAUAGUCAAGUUUGUGAGCCGGGAAGAAGUCUUAGACACAAAUGCGGGUUCUAGAGAGCGCGAGCACGUGCUUAGAUGGGUGUUUCAGAUCUUCUGUAGCCUAGGUAAUUUAGAAUAAGAGAGAGUUAUGCCAGGGCGAAGGCGUCGCGGUGUGUGCUCAGCAUUAGGAUAGGUAUUGGGCAAUGUGAACAGUGCAUGAAUGCAAUUCUACAGGGCGUGGAUUGCGUUAAUGGGCACAAGGAUUAAUAUUAGUAACUUACUAAUGAUA